AUGGCGAAUCAUCCGCAGAUCCAAUGGGAGGAGGUGGGUCGGAGUUUUCCGCCACAGCAGCAACCACCACAACCGCUACAACAACAUCUACAUCCACAACUACAGGCUUUAGACCAGAGUACAUUGUCUAGAACCUCUAUCAAUCCCGUCCAAGAACCCUCAACCUCCAAAGGGCCUUCUACUUCCUCUAUCGAUCGUCCUUCCUUCACUUUCAUCGACCACGAUGAUGACCUUGCCUCAAAACGGAUCAAAGACGUACGGGCCCGUCGGGCCAUCAGGUCCCAUGUCAUGCGUGAUGUGCGCCGUCGUGAGAGACUGGCCGGGUUAAAGCGUACUUCUACACGAGGAGAUAAAAGUGAGCACAAAAACGAGAGCAAAGAGAUAAAGAAGAGGUCCUCGUCUUCCUCUUCGCCACUGCCGUCCACGAGCGCAACCACGACUACCAAGAACAGAUGGAAGAGUAAUGUUUCCAAUGAUGACCUGGAGAUGACACAGGAUAGUGCUCUCAACGAAGAACGCAGUUUGGAUUCACGAUCGUCUUCUGCGGAAAUAUUCUUAACUAGCAAGUCUCCGUCCGGUGUGGGAUCAUCAGCUACAUCCAUUACUCAGGAUGGUGCACAUUCACCGUUCCCGUCGAGUCCGGUAACUCAGGUGCCUGUAUGGGCAUUUGAUCCCUUUGGCACAUUGCCGGGUUCAACUCCGACGACAUUCACCAUCAUCGAUGGGUUGAUAAAGUACUUCUCAUCUGUCCUCAUCCCCAUGACCUUCCCCGCCGAAACGAAGCAACCGGCAACCAGUAAAAAUCGCAUGGCCCGCAUCAUUACCGAAGCGAUCUCAGAUCCGGGUCCCUUUUUUGGAUACAUGAGUCUGUGCGCAGCGCAUCGGGCAAUUUUGCAGGGGAAACAUUCACAUCUCCUCCCCGUUCAGCCAGCGGGGAAGGAUCGCAUCCUCUACGAACCGGAUUACUAUGUCAUGAAGGCUAAAUGUAUUAAUGAAAUGAAUAAGAAGAUGCUCGAUCCGAAACUGGCACUGACGGAUUCGGCAUUUGAUGUUGUUAUUAGUUUGACGUCGAGUGCGUUGACUAUUGGAGACUUUGAUGAAGCGCGAAUACAUAUCCAAGGCCUCAAGAAAAUGGUCGACGCGCGGGGUGGUGUUCGCGACUCAUCGUUUCAAGGAGAAGGAGCCCGCAUUCUCAGUAAUAUAUUAACGUGCGACGUCACCACCGCCUGCGGACUAAUGACCCGCCCAUUCUUCCCUCUAACAUGGGACUCCCAACCAAUCCCACCAGAGACUCUAGAACGCAUGCUCCCACCUCCCUCCUCACCACUACACAACACCGCCAUGCUCCUUUGCACAUAUACAGGUUUCUCCCCAGAACUGCGCAAAGCCCUUUUCAGCCUACGCAAACUCCUCUUCUUCGAAUACGCCAACCAUCUCGACCCAAAUCACUUCACCGCCCUCGAACAUGAAAUCUUCCUAUUCAAAAGCCAUGAAACAGAAUAUGAGCUGCUGGAUUACCCGUUCCGACUCGCACAGCUGCACGCACCAGCCCAAUCCCAACUCACAACCACAAACCCAAACCCAAACCAGAAGUUCUCGAGACCGCACAAUCCCCACCCCUUCGACUCCCACACCCUCACCUCCCUCGAAAACCUCACCCGCAUCACUGCAAUUUGCCACAUAAGCCAAUCCUUCGUGGUCUCGCCUCCCUCCUCCGGCAUGGGCCGAGCUUUAACCCACCACCUCAUCAACGCCAUCUCCAAAUUCCACCCAUCAACCUUCACACGUCUGCACCCAUCCCAGCUUGAUUUGCUGGCUUGGGCUGCAUUUGUGGGAGCGCGGUGUGCCAAGGACCAGCCCACGAAGUAUUUGUUUUUGCCGAUUUUGAAGGAGAUUGGGAGGGUGAGGGGGUGGAGGGAUUGGGGAGCAGUUGAAACGGGUUUGAGUGGAUUUUUGUAUAUGAAGGCGUUGCAUGGGGGGAUUUUUGAGAGGAUUUGGGAGGAGGCGGAGGAGGGGCCUGUUGUUGUGGAGGUUACGGAGGGAGAGUGGGAGGUGUAG